CAUCCAGUAAUAUAAAACCAACCACUUGUCGGCGCAAUAAGGAAGGGCCCACACCGCGGAAAGCAUUCCACGGAGACUUUUCACUUGCUGCUGCUUUUACGUUUUAGGUUUUCACAUUAAACUACCACCAUGUCAGACGCCGAGCAGCAUUAUAUGGAAACCUCAGAAAACGGCCACGAGGACGAUCUGAACGGAGCCGGGCAGUACGAGGAAGGCAACGGGGAUGAGCAGGCCGGAGCGCAGGGAGACGCCGGUGGCGACGAAACGGCCGGGGACGAGGAAGACCCUCAAAAUGGUUCGUCGGACGGGGGUCAAAUUGAUGCUAGCAAAGGAGAGGAAGAUGCGGGGAAAAUGUUUGUUGGGGGCCUCAGCUGGGACACGAGUAAAAAGGAUCUUAAAGAUUACUUCUCUAAAUUUGGAGAGGUGACAGACUGCACCAUCAAAAUGGACCCCAACACUGGGCGAUCAAGGGGAUUUGGGUUUAUUCUUUUUAAAGAGUCAGCCAGUGUAGAUAAGGUUUUAGCACAAAAAGAGCACAGACUGGAUGGACGACAGAUUGACCCCAAGAAGGCAAUGGCAAUGAAGAAAGAACCUGCUAAGAAGAUCUUUGUCGGCGGGCUGAACCCUGAAACUACAGAAGAGAGGAUCCGCGAGUAUUUUGGUGCCUUUGGCGAGAUUGAGACUAUUGAACUUCCAAUGGAUCCAAAGACAAAUAAGAGGAGAGGGUUUGUCUUCAUUACCUUCAAGGAAGAAGAGGCUGUCAAGAAAGUUUUGGAAAAGAAAUAUCACAACGUCAGUGGAACCAAGGACACAAGUGGAAAAGAAGGCCUUUGCGAGAUUAAGGUUGCGCAGCCAAAAGAAGUGUACCAGCAGCAGCAGUAUGGAGGUCGUUUUGGAGGGAGAGGAAGGGGGCGUGGAGGCCAGGGUCAGAACUGGAAUCAGGGCUACAAUAACUACUGGAAUCAAGGCUACGGUAACCAGGGAUAUGGCUACGGCGGCCAGCAAGGUUACGGUGGAUACGGAGGCUACGGCAACUACGAUUACACAGGGGGCUACUACGGCUACGGCGGAGGAUAUGACUACAACCAGGGCAAUACAAGCUAUGGAAAAACUCCAAGACGUGGGGCUCACCAGAGUAGCUACAAGCCAUACUGAUCAUGUGUAGUGCAGGUAUGAAUUUUGAUUUUUUU